AUGCCAAGAUGGAGCCAUAUCCCAUCUGAUCUCUACUCUGCUGCGAUCAGCGCGUGCGAGAAGGGCCGGCAAUGGCAGCAGGCGCUAUCGCUGUUGCGCGAGAUGAAGGAGGUCAGAUUGAAGCCAAACGUGAUCGCUUACAGCGCUGGGAUCAGCGCGUGUGAAAAAGGCAAGGCGUGGCAGCAGGCGCUCUCGCUUCUUGGCGAGAUGGUGCAGGCUAUCGUAGAUUUGGACGCGAUCUGCUUCAAUGCCGCGAUCAGCGCGUGCGAGAAAGCGAAGAAAUGGCAACAGGCGUUGUCGUUAUUCAACCAGCUGCGAGAGGCGCGUUUGAGUCCAGACGAAGUCAGCUACGCCGCUGGGAUCAGCGCGUGCGAAAAGGGAGGUGCUUGGCAGCAAGCGCUGCUCUUGCUGACAGAGAGCACGCGAGCUAAUCUAGGACUACACCACUACAGCUACAGCGCUGCAAUCCAAGCGUGCGAUAGCGGUGGGCGAUGGCAAUUGGCAAUGUCGUUGCUCAGCGAGUUGUUGGUAGCGAAGAUCGAUCCAGGCACCGUCUGCUUCAGUGCUGGGAUCAGCGCAUGCGAGAAGGCCGGUCAGUGGCAGCAGGCGUUGUCGCUCCUUGGCGUGGUGACGCAGAGAAGAUCAGAGCCGGAUUCACAUACCACGCUGGACUCACUGCAUGCGAGAGAGCUGGGCGAUGGCCACAUGUGUUGUCUCAGCUCAGCGAGAUGCGGGGUGUGCAGGUGGAGCCCGAUAUUGGCAGCUACAUCGUUGGAAUCAAGGCGUGUGCGGGAGGUGACAAGUUUCGACAUAUUUUGGUAUUGCUCGACGAGAUGCUGGUCUUUUAACGGGUUAUUGCAGGCGGAGUCGGAAUUGGUCCUCACCAAGUACAACACUGAAGACAGCGCUCCGCUCCCCAGAUCAGCAGCACACGGAAGUCGGUGA